AUGAUUGCGAAAUACGGGAUAUCAGAUGAUCAGUUUGAGAAGGAAAAGAUAGACGCGCAGAUACAGUUGAAAAACUGGGAAGAGCAUCGAAAAGAGCAAGUACUUGAGAUAUUCAAAUCAAAUUCAGUGUAUGUUUCCAAAUCGAAAAAAUCAGAUGUGGUGCAUCCUAAAAUGGCGAGAGAAAAUAUCGUGAUGAAUAGUAGAGGACAGAAAAUUGAAGUUGAAUUCGGCCGAUUGAGAGAGUAUUAUCUGUAUACUUUUGCUCCGAACAAGGAAUUCGUUUCGGUUCGAGAUCAUGUUGCACAUGACAAAGCAUUGGAUAACUUGCGAGAGAAACAGCGGAUUAAUAUCGCACAACGGAAAGACAAACAAGCUACAAAAAUACAGUUACUCAAAGAAUAUGAGCAGAGCAAAAGUGUUAUGGAAGAUCCGAUGACUCCUCGUAUUGCGGGAACGACUCAAAGAGAGAGAAAAGAGGAUACUGUAGUGGAAGCAAAAGCUACAACACCUGUCCCCUUACAUGUUGAGAAAUUCGUUCUGAAUACAACUGACGACAAGCGAAAGACGUUUCAUGAGAGUUGGUUCCGUCAACCGAUGUCUCGUUGUCAGAGGAAGAAAACUGAUGAUAUUUUUUGGAUAAGUGGGAAUGAAGAUGACCAAUCUGUCGACGAUGACCCAGAAGGAAAGUAUACUGUUACUGCUGAAACGAUGAUUGAGACAUUGACGGCAGGAGGAAAUGUUAAAGAUUCAGGAGUCGUUGAGCCAACUAGCAGCAAGACUAUCAUGACGGAUCCUCUGAAAACUGUUUACACGAGAUACAAAAACUCUUGUGGAAAGGAGAUAGUCUUUCUGAAUACGUUGAAAGGAACGAUUGACUUCAUCAAGAAGCAGCCACCAGAGAAGACGAACAAAUCCAAUACGAUUAGUGUUGAAGAACCCACAGACGUUCUGAACCAAAUCACUUUCGGCCCGACAAUCAUCACUCAUGUUUUCAAAGGGCGUAGACUCAAGAGACAAAACAAGGGCAGAAAAGGUGUGGAGACGUUUGAGGAGAAUCGAAAAGAAUACACGAGAGAAUCUGGAGAAGAAACUAGCGGUGUCUAA